AUGUACUACAUAGACACUGUUAUAGUCUCCGGCAUUCUCGAAGCCGGCACAUGGAAGGCCCGCCAGCUGGUGAAAUCCGCCAUCCUAGGUAUCAGGGCGGACGAUCCCAGUGGAGGCAAAGCCAUUGGGGUGGACAAGAAUGUGGAGCGCUUGUCUUCCUUGCACAUCUUGUGGAAUUUUAUUCCGCCGACCACUUGUUGUAAGCUCGAUCGCGUUGAGCACCACGGGGAAGGGAGGGCCCAUUACCUCGCGAGAAAGCUGUUGGAUUCCCUGCCGCCGUACGAUGCUAUCGACGAGAGAAACCGGGACUUCACGAUUGAGACGCUGCGACAGGUUGCAGAGGUGCUCGUGUGGGGAGAGCACAACAAUCGGGGAUACUUCGACGUUUUUUGCGAGCAAAAUGUCCUUUCGUAUUUUGUACAACUUGCCGAGCAGCCAACUGUUCCCAAUGCAGUCAAAGUACAGCUUCUUCAGACGCUCAGCAUCAUAGUGCAGAGCAUUAACAAAGAAACAGCGGUUUACUACAUGUUCAGCAACAAUUAUAUUAACUCCCUGUUGAGCACUAAGUUUGACUUCGACGAUGAGGAGGUCGCGAGCUGGUACGUUUCGUUCAUCAAGAGUUUGUCGCUGCUGGUCAAUGCGGACACAAUAAAGCUCUUUUUGAACGAGCGAGCGAAGCAUUUCCCCAUAUACAGCGAAUCCGUGAAGUUCUUUCGAGCAAAGGAUUCGAUGGUCCUCCAGGACCUGUCUUUACGAGCUUUUCUCAUAGAAAGGCCCAUUUUCUUUUCCCACGUUGCUUGCUAUCUCCGGGAGCUUGUGGAUGGCCAGCUUCUCCGUUUGACGACUAACCGUGAUGCCUCGCCGGACCGUUGCAUUCAGGAUGGGGUAUUAGAAAUAGAAGAGAUGCUCUUCUACGUUCAAGAUAUUUUCAGCUUGGGUGUUGAAGAGUUUUCCGAGCUCCUUGCAGCGCGUCUUAUGUUGCACUGCUACUUACCACUGAUAGGCAUGCUUGGAAUGCAUGUUAACACCAAGUGGGAGCGGGACCACUCGAAUUCGGUGAAGACGGAAUCAAGCAAGCAUGACAGUCGUGAUGUUUGCCUCCAGCUACCUGGCAACGGCGACGAGCAUUGCGGCACUGGCUCCCCAAGAAAAACCACUGACGGUGACGGCCUCUCGCAAGAGGAGAAACGCCUUGAACAGGGUUGGAUGUGGGGCUGGAGCACGCCCGAGGACCUGCAGGACCCAAAACGCAGACAUUUAAUGUACGUCUCGAGGGAUGCAGGGGUAGUUGCUGCGCAGAGUGGAAUAUUUGUUGGUUACGUUGGAACGCGCAUACCGAAGCCCCUUUACGACUUGAUAGUGGCCAAGGCACCAGCAAUGCCAGAAGCAUACAAAAAUUUGCGGAAUCCGAGCGAAUGUGCCGGGAAUAUAGACACGUUCCUCCCGACUCAAGAGCUGCCCAGCAGUGGCGAAAGUCGCGAGGUAACUAGUGAGGGCAGCAACGUGCGGAAAGAAACCAGUGAUACCAGCAUAGGGACCAGUGAAGCACGUUUAGCACCCACAGGUGAUCACUCGAAGGUGCAUUCAGCCCUUUCGUUCGAAGAUCGCAUCCGGAUGCUUAAGAUAUCUAUGGAUGCCCUUCUUACACUGGGCUAUUUCGAAGUGCUAGACGACAUUGACGGAGCGCGCUCUCGCGACGAAGCACGUCAACCGAAGGAGCCAUGCCGCACUUCUCCGGAUGGGGAUUCUAAUGCGUGCUUGCAUCCUGCCGAAUGGGGCUCCUUUACCGAGCAACAAUGCAUUCGAGAUGUCGGAUUAUGGAGGGACAGGAUGGCUCUGUCAGUCUUGAUCACUCUUAUCACGGAACACAUCUUGAAGUUUCAAUCCUCCGAGUACAGAACAAGCUGCCUGAAGGUGCUUGCUAACAAAGUGCUAAAGCUAAGACGUGCAGCGGCAGUGGCGACGAAGCUAUGCCUCUCUGCAUUAUCGGACGGCCACACAAUCGACGUUUUCUGGGAUGAGUGGGAGGUCCAUAGGCUGGGGGCCAUCACCGACUCGGCUUUUGCCCGUGACUUUCGUAUUCUCCUGUCUCCCCGCAGCUCACAGACAGAGUCAAAGGCGAGUGCAUUUCCUCCAUAUCUGCUGGUGGCUACGACGGACCAAGAGAUCGAACGACGGUCAAUCCAGGUAUUCCUCCUCUUGCGGCGACUGCACCGGGACCUGUCCGCAAUCUUACAGUCCAUCAGGGCAACUCCAAAUGAUGCCACUGCUGUGGCGCAGAAGGCGUCGUCAAUCCUGAAUGGCAUAUCCGUAGAGCCCAACCCUCUUGAAAGUGAAGAUAAUGCAGAGCAAUAUUCCCACGUUGACGAGUCCAAGACGUUAGAGAAAGACGCAACACCCAGUUAG